AUGGCCGAGCUCCCAUCGAAGGUGCACCUCACCUCACACCCCAUCUACCUGAGUAUGCAUGGGCCCUUGAUGUAUGAGGAUGAGAACGAGCGCCCGUGGCUGCAUUUCGUCAUGGACACAGGAGGUGACCUGCAAGUACGGUUGUGCCAGAUGAACCUCCCCAGUGUGGAUAUCGAACUCACCACCAGCCCGCUGAUCUCGAAUACCAUGCCUUUGAUGUGGACGCUCCACAUUAGCAGCCAGUACCUGGACUCCAUGGGCCGGUUCUGGCGCAUCAUGCACCACGUCAUGGAGGAUGACAUGGAGGAAAUGAUCCUUGAGCUGAUGGAUGAUUCAUAG